CGAGGGUCCUGCCCCAGCCCGGCUCCGAGUGCCACCUCUUCGGCUACCGACAUCUGCAUUCCCCGGCGUGUAUGGAGCAACAUCUUUAGAGAAAGCAUCUCAUCGUCCUCCUCGGCUCUUUCGAGGGUUCUUUUGCGUGUUUAAGUGGCGGUUCUGAAGGAUGCUGACUGCGUGGGUCGCUCCAGGGUCCUGGUGAAGAGUCUCAUGUGUCACGUGGAAAGAGAAUGGCCCACGGUAUGCCGACACAAGGCAAAGUGACCAUCUCGGUGGACGAGUACAGCUCCAACCCCACACAGGCCUUCACCCACUACAACAUUAACCAGAGCCGCUUUCAGCCGCCACACGUGCAUAUGGUGGACCCCAUCUCAUACGACACUCCCAAGCCGGGUGGCCACACGCGUUUUGUGUGCGUGUCGGACACACACUCGCGGACAGAUGGCAUCCAGAUGCCUUACGGGGAUGUUCUGCUGCACACGGGGGACUUCACCGAGCUCGGACUGCCCUCCGAGGUCAAGAAGUUUAACGACUGGUUAGGCAGCCUUCCGUACGAGUUUAAAGUGGUGAUCGCAGGGAAUCACGAGCUGACCUUCGACAAGGACUUCAUGACGGAGCUGGUCAAGCAGGAUUACUAUCGCUUUCCCUCCGUGUCCAAGUUGAAACCCGAGGACUUUGACAAUGUUCAGUCGCUGCUGACGAACUGUGUUUACCUGCAGGACUCUGACGUCACAGUCAAGGGCUUUCGAAUAUACGGCGCACCAUGGACGCCGUGGUUUAAUGGCUGGGGGUUUAAUCUGCCCAGAGGACAGUCUUUGCUGGAUAAGUGGAACCUCAUCCCUGAGGGUGUCGAUAUCCUCAUGACCCACGGGCCACCCCUCGGUUUCAGGGACUGGGUGCCGAAGGAGCUGCAGAGAGUGGGCUGUGUUGAGCUGUUAAACACUGUCCAGAGGAGAGUUCGGCCCAAACUCCACGUCUUUGGAGGAAUUCAUGAAGGUUACGGCAUCAUGACCGACGGGUACACGACAUUCAUCAACGCCUCUACCUGUACAGUCAGCUUUCAACCCACCAACCCUCCCAUCGUGUUUGACCUCCCGAACCCCACCAGCUCUUGAGAUGCCCGCAAAAGGCACCAAAUCCUAAAAUUCUUUCCUUACAUUUUCUAACAACUCUUCGGAAAAAAAAAAAAGUAGUUGAAUGUUUCUUUCAAAAUGACCAUCAAAUCUUUUGCAAGAAGAUUGAGUGGAAGUUUCCGAUGAUGGACGAGUACUGGCGCGAGUACAAAAGUGGUGAACAAUCUAACGAGAUGAGAUCUGAUUCAAUCUGUAAGAUAUUAAGCUUUGUGAAUUUGUAAAAUUGUCUCUCUCUUUUUUUGUCAAUAUUCGAAGUAUGUUGCUAUGCCAUUGUUCGUUUUUGUAUAUUCUUUUUGUUUUCAGGAUAAUUGAGCUUUCUUUUAGCUGACAGGGAUAAUGCCUUAAACUAGCUUUAAGUUCCCCCGGCUGGAGCCCCUUCUUUUCUGCUAGCGAAGAGAAAGCGUCAUAUUUAUUGUUUUUAUCCAAAACUAAAGGGGAUUUCUCUUUCUGUCUAUCUCUCUCUCUCUCUCUCUCUCUCUCUCUUUUUUGCAUUCAAAGAAUACUUUUCUAAUACAAGCGCAGGGAAGACAUGGAUGCAUUUUAACUCAUGUAUAUUCUGGAGCGCCUCAUUCUGCAUAGGAAUUGGAAAAUGUCUUAAAAUAUGAGUAUAUCUAUAUGUAUGUGUGUGUACGCUGUAAAAUCUCUAACUAAACUUGUGUUCGUUCGAAGCCUCUUGAAGAAUAUCAUUUUGCCUGUAAGUGAUGACUUUAACUUGACGAGCUCUUUCUGUUUUCACGAACUGUUCCUCUGAAGCUCAUUCAGUGUUGCCUACUUAAUAAACGAGUACUCCAGUUGAAGUUCUUUUAAUGUACAAUCUCAAAGGUUGUUUUUUUUUUCCUUCUCCUUCUUCAAACCUGCCCAAACCAGGUUUCAUUGUCCUUUUGAUAUCUUGCGUAUGGUAGUUUUUUUUUGUAAUUUUGCACUGUGUAAAUGCAGUCUUGCUAGCACAAAAAAAUUGUUGCCAAUAGUUGUUUAAAUUCUGUAAAUGCCUCUCUGCUUUUCUUUAAGUUACAGUUUCAUUCCUGGAGAAGUUUAGAUGCGUUUCCAGUUUUGUUUUGUUUUUUCUUCUUCUUUCUUCAGGUUUCAUUGUGAUAUAUUUAGCUGCCUUUAUAUGCAAAUAAAAUUGCAAGAUUUUUACUUCUAAA